AUGGCGAAGUCAGAAGAAUUAGUGUCGCCGCAAAUGGUGUCCUCGGGGAAGUUCGAAAGUCCAGCCUCCUCGAAGCUGAAGAUGAGCAUGAUGGGAAAACAACGGAGAACCAUCGGGAAGAACGUAGCAUCGAUUCUUCUGCAGCAACGGCAGGGGAUUCGCGUAAUAAUCGAGAACGUCGACGUCACGCCACGAUUGCUAACCCACCCGACGUAUAGUUCGAUCGAUGAACGGCAGAUCACUGCAUUGGAAACGAUCGGACUGACUCGUGUUGGCAGUGCCGGCCAAUUGUCCUCCAGUUCUGCGAUCAGUAGCCUGAAAAAGAGCUCGUCCGCGAUCGUUCGAACGGCCUCGUUUCCUGCGAGUAUGAUGACGGUGGAUGACGCGCAGUACGAGAGCUUCUGGUCCACCCAAAUGUACGAAUCGCAGAUUUACGACACGGAGGACCCAGCUCCGACACAGUUUUAUUUACCUAGUAUCGAUCCAAACAUAUUUCCUUCACGGCCGGAGACUGUAAAGAUUACACUGCGAGAGACAGAAACGUUUUUCAUUUUCGAGAUGCUACCUUACACCGGUGAUUUACGCACCCCGGAUGGUACAGCUAUCAAGCUAGAGAAUGAGAUGUAUGACUUUAAAACAAUUGGGGCUGGAUCGAACAGGAAGCUAGUAGACUCUGAGACCCAAACUAUACAAGUUCUGACGAAAACACGCGGUACCUAUCUUGGUAGAUCCAAACGACGAAACCAAGGGAUAUUCGUGAAUAAUUGGAUCAUGCACGACACCUAUGCCGCGCCUGAACUAUUGACCGAGGAGAAUGGUAUUCUUGUUGCGCACACAAGGACGAGUAUGACAGAACUGUGGCAGGCGGAGGAAUUGAAGGACAAACUGCCGUUAAUAGAAGCACAGAAGAAAGCAAGAAUGAUGGAGGAAGAAGUCGCUGAAAUAUUCCAGAAGGCUAAUUUCGUGAACGCCGUGCGAGUAAUGGAGCGUAUAAUAUCAAACAAUAUAUUUAUCAACGCACAGAAGCGUUUCAUCGGCUUGAUUAAGCAAGACCCUUGCAGUUUAGACCUCGAGUUCACGUAUAGCCUCGACCUACUCUGGGAGCACAAUUUCGAGAUGAGUAACGGAAGACCAGUGUCGUCUUUUCGUUGGAGUUACGUUAACAAGAAUAUCUUGGCGGUGGGUUAUGGGGCGCUGCCCCAUUCGGAAAUCAAAGAUGGACUGUUGUUGAUCUGGUCCGCGAAGAAUCCCACUCUACCGGGUCGUUGGUAUCCUUUCGAUAUUCCAAUAUCGGACCUCGAUUGGAGUCGCGAUCGACCGAAUCUCCUGGCUAUUGGAUUCUACGAUGGUCACAUCAAGGUCAUCGAUGUCAGCGCCAAUUACCUUAACGUGAUACGACGAAGCGAGAGAAUCACAUCUCCUUCGUGUUCACCGCAAUGGCAGGUGCAGUGGUGGGCUGGCGACGAACAGUUCAAUUACGAGGAACAAAUUUAUACGUGUGACCAAGAUGGUCAUAUAUUUUGCUACCGUUACGUGGAGGACUUCAUGUCAACAACUAUUAUGAGGAUCUACAGGAUCGAGGGUACACUGCCGGGUGUUCCAAGAACCUCUCAUUGCAUUGUUUCCGAUACACUGAUCAAUCGAAAUCCGGGCGCGUUGGUGCUCCGUAAACACCCGACGUCGAGUGCUAUUUACUUUGUCGGUUCUGACGAAGGAUGCAUCUACAAAUGUUCGACUAAUUAUUUGUAUCAGCACAUAGAGAGCUUCCUUGCCCACGACGGGCCAAUCUACUCGAUGAUGUUCUCCCCGUUCUGCCCGAAGAUCUUCUUAACAUGCGGCGCUGAUUGGUGUACGAGAAUCUGGGUGGAAGGGUUCACGGAGCCAUUAAUCACAUUAUCCACGUCAAUGGCUUGCGUCCGAUACACGGCAUGGUGUCCCACCCACUCCACGAUCAUCGUCACGAUCGUUAACAACGAGAUUUGUAUUUGGGACAUUAGGAGAAAAAUUCACACGCCGACAUCGAUCACGAUAUCACCGAAGAACGUCAGACUGGUGAUGGUCGAAUUCACGGCGGAUGGUAAUCGUCUGGUGUCCGCGGAUAUCGAGGGCAACGUGUACGUCUACAACAUGGAGGGAAUGCCGUUUCCACCGUACAAUCAGGAACUGGUGUUGAUCGAGUCGAUUGAAAAAGCGUUGGUCGUUAAGCCGAAUCUUCUGCGGAAGUUGCGCAAACUCGGACCGCCGUUCACGAAAUGA